AUGACUCCGGAGGGUCUGUGUUUGGCAAGGAGAGGGCCCGGAGCCCUCACCUUGGCGCGGGGCCCCCUGGCUCAGCUCCUGCUGGUCUGGACAGCCCUGUCGUGUGUGGUGGGUGGCCAAGGCCGCUGGGACGGGGCGGUGGAGGCUGCAGGUCCCGGACGUGUGCGGAGGCGGGGCAGCGCGGGCAUCUUGCAGGGGCCUAAUGUAUGCGGCUCUCGCUUCCACGCCUACUGCUGCCCUGGCUGGAGGACGCUGCCCGGCGGGAGCCAGUGUGUCGUGCCCAUCUGCAGGCACUCCUGCGGCCGGGGCUUCUGCUUCCAGCCCAACCUGUGCACCUGUGCGGACGGGACGCUGGCCCCCAGCUGCGGGGGGAGCAGAGGGUCAGGGUGCAGUGUGAGCUGCAUGAACGGCGGCAGCUGCCAGGGGGCGUCCUGUCUGUGUCAGAGGGGCUACACGGGCACCGUGUGCGGGCAGCCUGUCUGUGACUAUGGCUGUCACAACGGGGGCCGCUGCAUUGGGCCCAACCACUGCGCCUGUGUGUAUGGCUUCAUGGGGCCCCAGUGUGAGAAAGACUACCGGACGGGGCCCUGCUUUGGCCAAGUGGGCCCCGAGGGUUGCCAGCACCAGCUGACGGGCCUCGUGUGCACGAAGGCACUUUGCUGUGCCACCGUGGGCCGAGCCUGGGGCCUUCCAUGUGAACUCUGCCCUGCACAGCCACACCCUUGCCGCCGGGGCUUCAUCCCCAAUAUCCACACGGGGGCCUGCCAAGAUGUGGAUGAGUGCCAGGCCGUCCCAGGCCUGUGCCAGGGGGGCAGCUGCGUCAACACGGUGGGCUCCUUCCUUUGCCGCUGCCCAGCUGGACGCCUGCUCAGCGACAGCGGUGCUACAUGUGAAGACCACCGGGCAGGCACCUGCUUCUCUGUGCUCUUUGGGGGCCGCUGUGCCAGAGAGCUCGCCGGCCACUACACUCGCAGGCAGUGCUGCUGUGACAGGGGCAGGUGCUGGGCAGCUGGGCCGGCCCCUGAGCUGUGUCCUCCUCGGAGCUCUGAUAAGUUCCAGCGACUGUGCACGCAGGGGCUCCCCCUGCUGCCUGCCCACCCUGGCCUCUUCCCUGGCCUCCCGAGCUUCGGGUCCAAUGGCGUGGGUCCUGGCCUUGGGCUGGCACGACACAGCCCCCAUGUGUCCAGUGGGCGUGGGGUCCCCAGCCUGGGCCCUGGCAACUCCAACAUUGGCACAGCCACCCUGAACCAGACCAUUGACAUCUGCCGGCAUUUCACCAACCUGUGUCUCCACGGCCGCUGCCUGCCCACCCCUUCCAGCUACCGCUGCGAGUGCAGCGUGGGCUACACCCAGGACGUGCGGGGCGAGUGCAUUGAUGUGGACGAGUGCACCAGCAGCCCCUGUCACCAUGGUGACUGCAUCAACACCCCGGGCUCCUACAACUGCCGGUGUCACCAGGGCUUCCAGGCCGCCCUCACCAAGCAGGCGUGCGUGGACGUGGACGAGUGCACUGUUAAUGGUGGCCUUUGCCACCUGGGCCACUGUGUCAACACAGAGGGCAGCUUCCAGUGUGUCUGCAACACAGGCUUUGAGCUCAGCCGCGAUGGGAAGACCUGUGUGGACCACAACGAGUGUGCCACCAGCACCAUGUGUCUCAACGGCGUGUGUCUGAAUGAAGACGGCAGCUUCACGUGCCUCUGCAAACCUGGCUUCCUGCUGGCGCCUGGGGGCCGCUACUGCGAGGACAUCAACGAGUGCCAGACGCCAGGCAUCUGCGUGAACGGCCACUGCACCAACACUGAGGGUUCCUUCCGCUGCCAGUGUCCGGGAGGGCUGGCGGUGGGCGCGGACGGCCGCGUGUGCGUGGACACCCAUGUGCGCAGCACAUGCUACGGGGCCCUCGCGAAGGGCUCCUGUGCCCGCCCCUUCCCCGGCACUGUCACCAAAUCCGAAUGCUGCUGCGCCAGCCCUGACCACGGGUUUGGGGAGCCCUGCCAGCUGUGUCCUGCCAAGAACUCCGCCGAGUUCCAGGCGCUCUGCAGCAGUGGAAUUGGCAUCACUGCGGAUGGUCGUGAUAUCAACGAGUGUGCACUUGACCCUGAGAUCUGUACCAACGGCAUGUGUGAGAACCUUCGGGGCAGCUACCGCUGCAUCUGCAACCUGGGUUAUGAGGCAGGUGCCGAGGGCAAGGCCUGCACAGAUGUGGAUGAGUGUGCCCUCAGCAGCCUCCUUUGUGACAACGGCUGGUGCCGGAACAGCCCCGGCAGCUACAGCUGCUCCUGCCCUCAGGGUUUCAGCUUCCGGCAGGACACGGAGACCUGUGAAGACAUCAACGAGUGCCUGUCCAGCCCGUGCGUGAACGGUGUGUGCCGGAACCUGGCCGGCUCCUACACCUGCGAGUGCGCCCCCGGCAGCCGGCUGGGGCCCUCUGGCACUGUGUGCCGAGACAGCACCAGAGGCACCUGCUGGCUGAAGAUCCAGGACAGCCGCUGUGAGGUGAACCUUCAGGGAGCCACCCUGCGCUCCGAGUGCUGCGCCACCCUGGGGGCCGCCUGGGGGAGCCCCUGCGAGCGCUGCGAGAUCGACCCUGCCUGUGCCCGUGGCUUUGCCCGCAUGAAGAGUCUCACCUGCGAAGAUGUGAACGAGUGCGAGGCCUUCCCCGGGGUCUGUCCCAACGGGCACUGCCUCAACACCGCCGGUUCCUUCCGCUGCGAGUGUCCCGAGGGCCUGACGUUGGACGCCACUGGUCGGCUGUGUGUGGACAUGAGGUUGGAGCCGUGUUUCCUGCAAUGGGACGAGGACGAUUGUGGGGUCCCUCUGCCUGGCAAGUACCGGAUGGACGUCUGCUGCUGCUCUGUCGGGGCUGCGUGGGGAGCCGAGUGCGAGUCCUGCCCGGAGCCCGAGUCCCCAGAGUUCGCCAGCCUGUGUCCCCAGGGUCUAGGUUUUGCCAGCCGGGACUUCCUGUCUGGCCAGCCGUUCUAUAAAGAUGUGAAUGAGUGCAAGGCGUUCCCCAGCCUCUGCGCCCACGGCACCUGCCGCAACGUCGUGGGCAGCUUCCGCUGCUCCUGCGCAGGCGGCUUCGCCCUGGACGCCCAGGAAAGGAACUGCACAGACAUCGACGAGUGCCGGAUCUCCCCUGACCUCUGCGGCCAGGGCGCCUGUGUCAACACGCCGGGCAGCUUUGAGUGCGAGUGUUUCCCCGGCUUCGAGACCGGCUUCAUGCUCAUGAAGAACUGCAUGGAUGUGGAUGAGUGUGCGAGGGACCCGCUGCUCUGCCGGGGAGGCACCUGCACCAACACGGACGGGAGCUACAAGUGCCAGUGUCCCCCUGGACAUGAGCUGGCGGCCGAGGGCACUAUGUGUGAGGACAUCGAUGAGUGCUCCCUGAGUGAUGGCCUGUGUCCCCAUGGCCAGUGUGUGAACGUCAUUGGUGUCUUCCACUGCUCCUGUGAUGCCGGCUUCCAGGCCACACCUAACCACCAGGGCUGCGUGGACAUCAAUGAAUGCCGCGUGCGGAACGGUGGCUGUGCCGUGCACUGCAUUAACACCGAGGGCAGCUACCGGUGCAGCUGCGGAAGGGGCUACUCACUGAUGCCCGACGGGAGGGCGUGUGCAGACGUGGAUGAGUGUGCAGAGAACUCCGACAUCUGUGACCGGGGCCAGUGCACCAACAUUCCGGGAGGUCACCGCUGCCUGUGCUAUGACGGCUUCAUGGCCACACCGGACAUGAGGACGUGUGUUGACGUGAAUGAAUGUGACCUGAACCCCCACAUCUGCCUCCAUGGAAACUGCGAGAACACGAAGGGCUCCUUUGUGUGCCACUGCCGGCUGGGGUACAUCGUCAGGAAGGGAGCCACGGGCUGCUCCGACGUGGACGAGUGUGAGCUCGGGGGGCACAACUGUGACAGCCAUGCCUCCUGCCUCAACAUUCCCGGGAGUUUCAGCUGCAUGUGCCAGCCAGGCUGGAUGGGGGAUGGCAUCGAAUGUCAUGACCUGGACGAAUGCACCACCCGGGAGCACCGGUGCAGCCCGAGAGCCGACUGCCUCAACGCCCCCGGCUCCUACCGCUGCACCUGCCACCAGGGCUUCGCCGGGGACGGCUUCUCCUGCGAAGACAGAGACGAAUGUGCCGAGGACGUGGACCUCUGCGACAACGGGCAGUGCCUGAAUGCGCCCGGCGGGUACCGCUGCGAAUGCGAGAUGGGCUUUGACCCCACCGAGGACCACCGGGCCUGCCAGGAUGUGGACGAGUGUGCUCUCGGGAACCUCUGUGCGUUCGGGAGCUGCGAGAACCUGCCCGGAAUGUUCCGCUGCGUCUGUGAUGGUGGCUACGAGCUGGAUCGCGGUGGUGGCAACUGCACAGAUGUCAAUGAGUGCGCAGACCCGGUGAACUGUAUCAACGGCCUUUGUGUCAACAUCCCUGGCAGCUACCUCUGCAACUGCCCCCAGGACUUCGAACUGAACCCCAGCGGGGUGGGCUGCGUGGACACCCGGGUUGGGAACUGUUUCCUGGACAUGCACAACCGAGGGGAUGGUGGCAUUUUCUGCAGUGCCGAGAUCGGAGUUGGCGUCACCCGAGCCUCCUGCUGUUGCUCCCUGGGCCGGGCCUGGGGCAACCCCUGCGAGCUGUGUCCGAUGGGCAACACCACUGAGUACAGAACCCUGUGUCCGGGUGGGGAGGGUUUCCGGCCCAACCCUGUCACUGUCAUUCUGGAAGACAUUGAUGAGUGCCAGGAGCUGCCAGGGUUGUGUCAGGGGGGCGACUGCAUCAACACCUUCGGCAGCUUCCAGUGUGAGUGCCCACCUGGCUACCACCUCAAUGAGGACACCCGCAUCUGUGAGGAUAUCGAUGAAUGUUCCACACGCUCGGGCAUCUGUGGCCCUGGCACCUGCUACAACACCCUGGGGAACUACACUUGUGUCUGCCCUGCGGAGUACCUGCAAGUCAACGGUGGCAACAACUGCAUGGACUUGAGGAAGAGUGUCUGCUUUCGGCAGUAUAACGGCAUAUGUCAAAAUGAGCUGGCAUUCAAUGUGACCCAGAAGAUGUGCUGCUGCUCCUACAACAUCGGCCAGGCCUGGAAUAGACCCUGUGAGGCCUGCCCCACCCCCGCUAGCCCCGACUACCAGGUCCUGUGCGGAAACCAGGCGCCGGGCUUCGUCACUGACAUCCACACGGGGAAGCCCCUCGACAUCGACGAGUGCAGAGAGAUUCCCGCCAUCUGUGCCAACGGCGUCUGCAUCAACCAGAUCGGGAGCUUCCGCUGUGAAUGCCCCACGGGCUUCGACUACAACAGCGUCCUGCUGGCCUGCAAAGAUGUGGAUGAGUGUGGCAGCAGGGAGAGCCCCUGCCGGGGGAAUGCCGACUGCAUCAACAUCCCUGGUAGCUACCGCUGCGAGUGUGCCCCAGGGUACAAGCUGUCGCCAGGCGGGGCUUGCAUGGGACGGAACGAGUGUUGGGAGAUCCCGAAUGUCUGUAGCCACGGUGACUGCGUGGACACGGAGGGCAGCUACAUGUGCCUAUGUCACCGUGGCUUCCAGGCCUCAGCGGACCAGACUCUGUGCACAGAUGUCAAUGAAUGUGACCAGAAACCAUGUGGAAACGGGACCUGCAAGAAUGUCGUCGGCUCCUACAACUGCCUCUGCUUCCCAGGCUUUGCGACAACACACGAUGGGGAUUGUGUGGACAUUGAUGAGUGUACUACUCUGGUGGGGCAGGUGUGCCGAUUUGGCCAGUGUGUCAACACAGCUGGCUUCUUCCACUGCCUCUGCCAAGAUGGCUUCGAGCUCACAGCAGAUGGAAAGAACUGUGCAGACACCAACGAGUGUCUCAGCCUUGCGGGAACCUGUCUGCCAGGCACCUGCCAGAACCUCGAGGGAUCCUUCCGCUGCAUCUGCCCCCCUGGUUUCCAGGUGCAGAGUGACCACUGCAUCGACAUUGACGAGUGCUCAGAGGAGCCCAGCCUCUGCCUGUUUGGCACCUGUACCAACAGCCCUGGGAGCUUCCAGUGCCUCUGUCCACCUGGCUUUGUCCUCUCUGACAGUGGGCACCGUUGCUUUGACACACGGCAGAGUUUCUGUUUCACCCAUUUCGAGGCCGGAAAGUGCUCGGUGCCCAAAGCUUUCAACACCACCAAGACCCGGUGCUGCUGCAGCAAGAGGCCGGGGGAGGGCUGGGGUGACCCCUGUGAGCUGUGUCCUCAGGAGGGCAGUGCUACCUUUCAGGAGCUCUGCCCCUUUGGCCACGGGGCAGUCCCAGGCCCAGAUGACUCUCGAGAAGAUGUGGAUGAGUGUGCGGAGAACCUUGCUGUCUGCACUAACGGUAUGUGUGUCAACACUGAUGGCUCCUUUCGCUGCGAGUGUCCUUUCGGCUACAGCCUGGAUUUCACAGGCAUCAGCUGUGUGGACACAGACGAGUGUGCUGUCGGCCACCCCUGCGGGGAAGGCACAUGCACCAAUGUCAUCGGAGGCUUUGAAUGUGCCUGUGCUGACGGCUUUGAGCCCGGCCCCAUGAUGACCUGCGAGGACAUCGACGAGUGCGCCCUGAACCCGCUGGUCUGUGCCUUCCGCUGCCACAACACGGAGGGCUCCUACCUGUGCACCUGCCCUGCUGGCUACACCCUGCGGGAAGACGGGGCCAUGUGCCGAGAUGUGGACGAGUGUGCAGACGGCCAGCAGGACUGCCGUGCCCGCGGCAUGCUCUGCAAGAACCUCAUCGGCACCUUCGUGUGCAUCUGCCCCCCGGGCAUGCGGCCCCAGCCCGGCUCCGGGGAAGGCUGCACAGAUGAGGACGAAUGCCACGCCCAGCCCAGCCUCUGCGCCGACGGCCACUGUGUCAACACGGUGGGCAGCUUCAAGUGCGACUGUGAUGACGGCUUCCAGCCCAGUCCCACCCUCACCGAGUGCAAUGACAUCCGGCGGGGACCCUGCUUCUCCGAGGUGCUGCAGACCGUGUGCCAGGCUCAGUCCAGCAGUGGCGAGGCCGUCACCAGGGCCGAGUGCUGCUGCGGGGGCGGCCGGGGCUGGGGACCCCACUGUGAGCUCUGUCCCCUCCCCGGCACCUCUGCCUACCGGAAGCUGUGUCCCCACGGCUCAGGCUAUACCGCCGAGGGCCAAGACGUGGAUGAGUGCCGUGUAAUCGCUCACCUGUGCCCCCACGGUGAGUGUAUCAACAGCCUCGGCUCCUUCCGCUGCCACUGUCAGGCUGGGUAUGCACCAGACACCGCUGCCAUGGCCUGCCUGGAUGUGGAUGAGUGUAGCCAGGCCCCCAAGCCGUGUACCUUCCUCUGCAAAAACACCGAGGGCAGCUUCGUGUGCACCUGUCCCCGCGGCUACCUAUUGGAGGAAGAUGGCAGGACAUGCAGAGACUUGGAUGAAUGCACCUCCAGACAGCACAACUGCCAGUUCCUCUGCGUCAACACCAUCGGCGCCUUCACCUGCCGCUGUCCCCCUGGCUUCACCCAGCGCCACCAGGCCUGCUUUGACAAUGACGAGUGCUCAGCCCAGCCUGGCCCAUGUGGCACCCAUGGUCUCUGCCAGAACACCCUGGGCAGCUUCCGCUGUGAGUGCCAUCAAGGCUUUGCCCUGGACAGCUCUGGCCGUAGCUGUGAAGAUGUGGAUGAAUGUGACGGGUCCCAUCGCUGCCGGCACGGCUGUCAGAACAAGCCAGGGGGCUACCGCUGCGGCUGCCCCCAGGGCUUCACCCAGCACUCCCAGUGGGCCCAGUGUGUGGAUGAGAACGAGUGUGCACUGUCGCCCACCGCCUGCGGGAGUGCCUCCUGCCACAACACACUCGGAGGCUUCCACUGCGUCUGCCCCUCUGGCUUCAGCUUUGACCAGGCCCUCGGGGACUGCCAGGACGUGGACGAGUGUGCCGGACGGGGCAGCCCCUGUAGCUAUGGCUGUGCCAACAUGCCCGGCGGCUUCCUGUGUGGCUGUCCCCGAGGCUACUUCCGGGCUGGGCAAGGGCACUGUGUCUCCGGCCUGGGCUUCACUCCCCAGGACGUCCCGGACGAGGAGGAGCUGCUCUCCCCCGAAGCCUGCUAUGAAUGCAAAAUCAACAGCCUCUCCCCUCAGGACCGGCCACGGCGCAGCACCCACGGGGACCACCAGGUAAGCUUGGCUACUCUUGACUCGGAGGCUCUGCUGACAUUGGGCCUGAACCUCUCACGCCUGGGCCAGACCGAACACAUCCUGGAGCUGUUACCAGCGCUGGAGGGCCUGGGGGGCCGGGUCCGCUAUGUCAUCACACGUGGCAGCAAGCAAGGUUUCUUCCGCAUGCAUCACCUCCGUGGCAUCAGCUCCCUGCAGCUGGGGCGUAGGAAGCCGGGCCCUGGAACCUACCAGCUGGAGGUGGUGAGCGUGGCAGGGCCCCGGGGUGCCCAGCCGGAGGGGUGGCCAGGACCAGGGGGCCAGGCCUUGCGGCUCAAGGUGCAGCUGCAACUGCUCUAA